CCAGUCUGAGCGGCGAUGGCGGCGGCGGCGGCGGCGGCAGCAGCAGCAGGGGCUGCGGGUGGUCGGGGCUCCGGGCCGGGGCGGAGGCGCCAUCUUGUGCCCGGGGCCGGUGGGGAGGCCGGGGAGGGGGCCCCGGGGGGCGCAGGGGACUACGGGAACGGCGUGGAGUCUGAGGAACUGGAGCCUGGGGAGCUGCUGUUGGAGCCCGAGCCGGAACCCGAGCCCGAAGAGGAGCCGCCCCGGCCCCGCGCCCCCCCGGGAGCUCCUGGCCCUGGGCCUGGCUCGGGAGCCGCCGGUAGCCAAGAGGAGGAGGAAGAGCCGGGGCUUGUGGAGAGUGACCCGGGGGACGGCGCCAUUGAGGACCCGGAGCUGGAAGCAAUCAAAGCUCGAGUCAGGGAGAUGGAGGAAGAAGCUGAGAAGCUAAAAGAGCUGCAGAACGAGGUAGAGAAGCAGAUGAAUAUGAGUCCACCUCCAGGCAAUGCUGGUCCAGUGAUCAUGUCUAUCGAAGAGAGAAUGGAGGCUGAUGCUCGUUCCAUCUAUGUUGGCAAUGUGGACUAUGGUGCAACAGCAGAAGAGCUAGAAGCUCACUUUCAUGGCUGUGGUUCAGUUAACCGUGUCACCAUACUUUGUGACAAAUUUAGUGGCCAUCCCAAAGGGUUUGCCUAUAUAGAGUUCUCAGACAAAGAGUCAGUGAGGACUUCCCUGGCCUUAGACGAGUCCCUAUUUAGAGGAAGACAAAUCAAGGUGAUCCCAAAACGAACCAAUAGACCAGGCAUCAGCACAACAGACCGAGGUUUCCCGCGUGCCCGCUAUCGUGCCCGGACCACCAACUAUAACAGUUCCCGCUCUCGAUUCUACAGUGGUUUUAACAGCAGGCCCCGAGGUCGUGUCUACAGGGGCCGGGCUAGAGCGACAUCAUGGUAUUCCCCUUACUAAAAAAAGUGUGUAUUAGGAGGAGAGAGAGGAAAAAAAGGAAAGAAGGAAAAAAAAAAAAGAAUUAAAAAAAAAAAAAGAAAAACAGAAGAUGACCUUGAUGGAAAAAAAAAUAUUUUUU